AUGUCACAAUUUCCAGCAAAUGGCGACUCCAAUCCAUCAAAACCACAGCCUGUGGUUGUGGCUCAGCCAUCGGCACCAGUUGGCACGAAUUCCGGACCAGCAGGUAUUCCCCAGUGCCCUCUUGGUUUGGAAUACUUGUCGGCUGUCGAUCAACUGUUGAUUAAGCAGAAAGGGGAGCUGUUCGAGGAUCUCUCAGGUAUUGAGACUAACAACAAAUACGCUAUUAAGAAUAUCCUUGGCCAAGGCGUGUAUAUGGCAUUUGGGGACACCGACGGCUGUGCACGUCUGUGUUACGGCUCUGAGCGUCCAUUUGAAAUAAGAAUUGUUGACACUUCAAAGCAAGAAGUCAUUCACUUGUCCCGACCCUCAGCCUGUGGCCCUUGUUGUGUUGAAAACUUGGAGGUGACCGCACCACCUGGUAACAUAGUCGGUUCCAUCGAGCAGGAACUGACAUUGUUGUCGCCUUCAUUUAAGGUCAAGGAUCAUCUGGGAGAUACCGUGAUGCGUAUUGAGGGACCUUUCUCUACUACGUCUUUUUUUGGUGAUGUGGAUUUUGACAUCGUUACACUCUCGGGCACUAAAGUCGGAAAAAUUUCAAAGCAAUGGUCUGGCUUGGCCCGUGAGUUGUUUACUGAUGCGGACUUCUUUGGCAUUACUUUUCCCUUGGAUUUGGAUGCACGGACUAAGGCUGUGCUACUUGGAGCUACAUUUCUAAUUGACUUUAUGUUCUUUGAGAGCUAGAAGAUCUAAAAAGCCCCUUACUCAUGAACAACCACGGAGGUUUAUAAUAAGUAAAACUCUCCAACUAAAAUAGAAAGCCAUAUGCAUUUAAAUAUAUGUAUAUUGGAUCGAAGCAAGGUGUCAA